AUGUAUACGAUCAAGUUACUUCGUACGACUUUGAGCCGACCAUCCCUUGGGGCGACAAUCUUGCGACAGCCCAAGCUACCACUUCAUCCUCGUUUUACUAGCUCCUUCUCCACAUCAAACUAUCGCGCUAUGUUGACCACGGAGCUUUCUGAAGCCGACGUAUCGGCAUUGAGAGUCAACCAGGAGCGACUGGCAAAGGACCUCCAUCAUUCCUGUCAAUGGGGGUCUGGGAUUCGAUGGGGCGAUGAUCCAACAGAUACAGGCAUGCAGCGCCUUGCGCUGUCCGAAGAAGACAAGAGUGUUCGAGACUGGUUUAUUCAGACUAUGAAGGAUCUCAAAUGCGAGAUCACCGUGGAUGAAAUGGGUAAUAUCUUCGCCGUGCGCCCGGGUCGACGCAAGGAUGUCCCCGCUACGUUUAUCGGCAGUCAUCUUGAUACACAGCCCACGGGCGGCCGAUACGAUGGCAUCCUAGGCGUUCUAUCAGGUGUGGAAGCUUUGAAGAGACUGGAUGAGCUCGGUCUAGAAACGGAGGGGGAGUCGGAGUAUGAAGAGGGUGCACGAUUCCCAGUGAGUAUGAUCGCAUCGGGAGUAUGGGCAGAAUGUAUCCCACUAUCAAAAGCCCAUAACCUCAAGGAGGUACCGACCGUUGCAUCCCUUCCGACAGCUGCAUCAGCACCCGAGACGAUGAAGUCUGCUUUGGAGAAGAUAAACUACCUAGGUGAUGUGCCAUGCUCUUACAAGACCACGCCCAUGGCUGCACAUUUCGAGCUUCACAUCGAGCAAGGCCCGCACCUGAUUUCGGCUGGUCAGCGAGUUGGUGUUGUCACAGCAGUCCAGGCCUAUCGCUGGUUCCGGUUGAAGAUCAUCGGACGAGACACCCAUACCGGGACCACCGCUUUCGAGCAUCGUGCUGAUGCAUUGUAUGCCUUUGCACAGAUGAUGGUACGAGCACGAGAGGUGGCCGCUGCCAAAGGGUGUCUGGCCAGCGUAGGUAUUAUCGAAGUUGCGCCUGGAAGUGUCAACACAGUGCCUGGGCAGGUGAGCUUCAGUUUAGAUAUUCGCGGCCCAGAGACAGCGCUUGUAGCAGAGGUUGAAAAGGAGCUGCGCGGCGAUUUCGACAAGAUUGCUGCUGCAGAAGGUGCUGGGAUUGGCAAGCCGUGUCGUGUUGAGUGGACGCUCGACUUUGACUCGCCGGCUGUCAAGUUCCAUGAGGAUUGUAUCGAAUGUGUUCAGCAGUCGGCUCAUGCUGUGGUUGCAGAUGCUCCCGUGGCUGAUACCACAACGUUGGUUCGGCCCAUCAUGAGUGGAGCUGGUCACGAUAGCGUGUUCACGUCCAAGCGAGUUCCGACUAGCAUGAUCUUUGUACCAUGCAAGGAUGGACUCAGUCAUCAUCCCGAGGAGUUCUGCUCUGCGGACGACUGUGCCACUGGAGCAUCGGUGAUUCUGCAAGCGGUGGUGCGGUAUGAUCGUAAGAGAUUCGCGUAG